AUGACAGACGGGUCUACAGCUCGGGAGAGCAGUGGUCUGUUGUUGAAACAGGUUAUUGGACAGCAGGUGCUUCCGAAGUAUCUGAAACCAUGGUUUGAAGCGUAUACCCAGUACGAAAGACAGCCCGAGUUUGUGAAUACAGUGGAGUCGAGCACUGAGAAUAGGGAGUACCAGAAGUCGGUUUUGAAGCUGUUUAUCCGAAAUAUCGAAUCUGAUCACACUAAAGAACUUCAUGAGGAUGUUUUUGAAGCUUAUGCGUCGUAUAUGAUUCCUUCUUUGGAUGAGACGGAGAGAAAAAAUAUUGUUAAUUACGCUAUUUCGCCGGCAAUUGCCGUCCGUCUUUAUGAAGAGCCCAACGUGAUAGCGCGUGAAGGAGGGACUGGACACCGGACUUGGGAGGCAGCACUGGCUUUAGCAGAUUACCUUGUCGAUACUUCGUCAUUUCAGACCACCCCACGAUCUUUUGUAGAGUUGGGUGCAGGUACAGGGCUUGUUGGUCUGGUAGCAUGUCAGCUUCCUUACACAGAACAAGUAGUACUCACAGAUGGAGAUACAACUGUAGUGGACAAUCUUGAAGAGAAUAUGAGACUCAACAGUGGGACAAUUGGAUCUAAAGUUUGCAGCCAGAAACUAUGGUGGAAUAAGGACCCUCCUGUUUCACUUGUGAACACAGAAGCUACGAUUAUAGCAGCCGACGUCACAUACGACAGUGACCUCUUCCCAGCAUUAGUACAGUGUAUUAAACAACAUCUCGCAUUACCGAGUACAGACAAUGCUCUUGUUUCAGCCACCAUCCGGUCACCAGAAACCUACCAAGCAUUUCUUGACGAAUGUGCCACUAACUCGGUCAAAGUUCACGUCCUGAAGACGUACACUUCACCUUUUGCAUCGCGGCAUUUCUUUAUUUCCCCAGAGUCGCCAGACAUUGCUGUUCUGCGUCUCGAGCUGUAG